AUUUUACGCAGAUAAAUUGUAAAUAAAAGCACAAAAGUAGGGAUAUGUUUUUAUUAUCAUUUCCAUUUAUCUUGGAGGUUUGUGUUACUAGAUAACUCAUAAGCUAACGCAGAAGUUGAGCUGAAAACCUACUAUCGCGACGCACCUUUACGCUUCCGGUAUGGAUUUGAAAUAAUAUAAACCUGAAAAGUAUAUUUAACUUGACUAUGUUCAUAAAUAUUUGAAAAAAGACGAGAAACAGACGUGAUGAGUGAUUUCAGACCAAAGUUUAUUAGACCUUCCGACACAACAAGCUAUUUGGACAAAAAUGAAUCUGUUGGAAUAGAAACAACAAGCUUCAUAUACAACAGAUACAUUUCCCAGUCUGUUCAGACGCAAAGGCAACGAUUGCCUAUUUUUAAUAGUAGAAACCACAUACUUUAUGCCUUGGAAAAAUACCAAACGCUCGUGCUUGUAGGUGAAACUGGGUGUGGAAAAAGCACACAGAUUCCUCAGGUAAAAAGUUUGUUUUUUUCUAGCAAUUCAUCAUUUUUAAGGGAAUUCUUACUAGGGCUGCACUGAGCAGUCAGUUUGUAUGUGUUUUUUUCUUAUAGGAGGAAGUAUAUUAGAAACGUUUGUCAAGUUCUUCGAAAAGUAAAUUAAUUUUAGGAUUAAGGGGACCUCUCAAAAGGCAUAUAUGUUAUCAGUUUCACUAAUAGUAGUGAAAUAACCCAGAGCAAAAGUAGCUGGUAGUUGGCCUUAUGAAAAAAGUAAUACUAUUAAAAAAAUUAGCCGUAAACAUAUUACUAUUUGUUCCAAUCUUUCAGGGAAUGGUUGAGUCAAUAUACCCUAUUUCACGAGUGUCCAUCACAGUAGAAUGACAGCUGGUUAUCUAGUAAUAUUUCAAAAUUCCCCAUAUAGGUAAAGGAGACAUAAUUCUGACAGAUCUGUUAAUGUCAGAUGGACAGAGCCAUAUUUUUUUUUGUUUUUUAUAUGCUACAGAUUCAUUUUGUUCUUGCUAUGAGUUAUUUUAUUUAUAAAACUUCAUUUGCAUACAAAAAACAAAAUGCUACAAACAAAUUUUUGCUAGAUUUACACCCGAUUCAUUAUAGCCAAGAUUACAGACUAACACUUGUUGAUCAGCUGUUCACCUUAGUAGAUAUCAAAGCAUGAUGAAAUAGGGUAUAAGUUAGUUUAUGUAGAUAACCUUAAAUCAUUUAUACUUUUGAAUUAUUCACAAAGUUUAUAAGAAAAGUUCUUACAUCUUACAACUAUUUAUUUACUGAAAAAAGAAAACUCUAAAGCUACAGUAAUUGAUGCAAAAUAUAUCCCAAAGCUUUCAGAGCACUUUUGGGCAAGGUUAUACAUUUGCACCAAUCUCUAUACAUCACUCCCCUUAAAGAUGUCAAAAAUGUUGUAUUGGUUGCUCAGGGUCCAACUGUACUGAAAAAAUAAAUAGCAGUGCAUCUAAACUCCAGUUUUGAAUGAGUAUUUUGUAAUAUAUUAUUUACACAAGUAAUCUUCCUAUUUGUAUACCUAUAUAGUUUUAUUGCAAUGCAACUGCAUUUAUAGAAUAUACAGGGUGUAUCGAAAAAUAGACGGAGAUAUUUUAGAUGGCACUUGCGAUUUUUUUCGCAAAAAUUAACAAACCCAGUUUGUGCAGUGAUAUGCAAUCAAAUGGUUUUUACUUGUCUUCUCGAAAAUGAAGGCAAAGAAGUUGUAUUUUUAGAUGCUUGAUCAAACAACAAAUAUUAAAGUUAAAAAGGCAGUGGCAUAGAUUUGUUGCCAAUAAAUUCCCUAAAGUGCCCCCCAGGACGCCACUGGACCUAAUAAUUUUAAUGUAUUUAGGGCUAAAUAAGCCUCUUAAUACAACAGAAUCGAAUAAAUAUUUUUCAAGAUAUUGAUUUUCUUUUAUUUAUCACCCUGUAUCUUGAAAACUCUGCAUUUCCGGACCAAUGCUUAUAGAAAAAAAAAAUCAUAUUCUUUAACAAGGUAUCACCCUGUAAAAUAUCUCAGUCUAUUUUUUGAACACCCUGUAUACUGUUGUGCAUGUGCUUAAUAAGGGUAUGCUAAACCAUGCACACAAUUUGCAAUGAAAUUCUCACAGUAGUGGAGAUGACAUCAAUGUUGAAAUAUUUAAACAAACAAUAGUGACUAUUAAGGUAAUACCUUGUUCAGCAUAUUCAAGGAAAAUAGACUAUAGAGUAGAAAUCAGUUAAUCAUAAGGUGAGAUGUUUGCUUAGGAAACCUUAUUUAAAGAUCAUAAACAAUUAUGUAGUACAUGAUAGAAGCAGAAUGGCCUGGGCAAAUAGGAAUCUGCGAACCGAGACGAGUAGCUGCGAUUUCGUUAGCAAACAGGGUUGCGGACGAAACUGGGACCUUAGUCCAGGGUGAUAUGGUGGGAUAUGCUGUCAGAUUUGACGCGUGUAAGAACAAACCGAAGAUUAAGUACAUGACAGAAGGAAUACUUUUGCGGGAACUUAUGAGCGAUCCAUUGCUGAAAAGCUACUCUGCCAUAAUGUUAGAUGAGGUACACGAACGUACCGUAUAUACGGAUAUUUUAAUGGGUCUCGUGAAAAAAAUACUAAAGAAACGCAGUGAUCUUAGACUUAUAGUCGCUUCAGCCACGCUAGACGCGGAAAUGUUACAGAAAUUUUUCAACAACAAUUCUACUGGAGAUAGGAAAAAAGAUACCGCGAUUAUUAUGUCAGUAGAAGGAAGGCAAUAUCCGGUUGACGUUUAUUAUGUUGCUGAGCCGGUUCCUUGCUAUGUUCAGGCGUCAGUUGAAACAGUAUUAAAGAUAAACUCGUCGAAAGACUCGGGCGAUAUCCUGGUGUUUCUAACAGGUCAGGAAGAAGUCGACAGAGCUGUACGGCUCCUGAACGAACACGCCAGUCUCAUAGAAGAAUCGAAAAAGAAAGAGAAAAUGUGCGUGUUGCCAAUGUACGGAGCGUUACCAUACCACGAACAGUUGAAGGUGUUUAAAUCGGCUCCAAGUGGUCACAGGAAGGUUGUUGUCGCUACAAAUAUAGCUGAAACGUCCGUUACUAUACCUGGGAUUGUGCAUGUUGUUGAUUGUGGAUUUGUCAAGUUGAAAUGGUUCAAUGAUGACACGCAUACGAACAGUCUUAUAGUAGUUCCUAUAAGCAAAUCUUCGGCAGAUCAACGAGCUGGCCGAGCCGGUAGAGAAAGACCCGGUAAAGUUUACAGAUUGUACACAGAAGAAGAUGCUUCAAAAUUGCCGGACGAAACACCACCAGAAAUUGUUCGUAGCGACCUAACGUAUCCAAUUUUGCAAAUCAAAGCGUUUGGCAUCGCCAAUAUACUGAAAUUCGACUUUCCCAGUCCGCCGCCUAUGAAGAAUCUAAAAAGUGCCUUGGAGAUUCUGUAUGCCCUAGAAUGCAUAGAUAUACAGGGAGAGCUGACUAAACCGCUUGGCUUUAACAUGGCCGAGUUUGCAAUGAACCCUUUGUAUACAAAGGUUCUGCUGAGCUCAGGUAAUUUUGGGUGCUCGGAAGAAAUCCUCACGAUAAUAUCGAUGCUGCAAGUGGAAACGAUAUUCGCUAAGCCAUCUAGCGGUAGCAACUCGAUCAAGGCAAGGAUACAAAAACGCCUAUUUGAAGUUGAAGAAGGCGAUCUUAUCACUUACCUCAACAUAUUCAACGGCUUUGUGCAAAGUGAAACGUCCCAGGGGUUCUGUCAAAAGAAUUUCCUCAAUUACAAAAGUUUGCAAAGGGUGGUGCAAAUUAGAGAGGGACUAAAGAGGAUGCUUCAGAACUAUGAUGUGCCCAUAGCUAGUUGUUUGAGAUCCACAGAGCCAAUAUUGAAGUGUCUGGUAAAAGGACUAUUUCCAAAUGCAGCAUACCUGCAUCAUAGUGGGGUAUACAAGACUAUAAGAGGGGACAUUGAGCUAUUUGUGCACCCAGACAGUAUCUUGUACACUAUUCCACAGCCCCAAUGGGUGAUUUUCUGUGAAGUAGUCCAUACAAGUAAACUCUACAUGAAAGACAUUACAGUGAUCAACAGUGAGUGGUUAACAGAGCUAGCACCACAUUUCUACCAUAGGACGACACAUUAUGAUUGAAUAAAUAAAACAUUAAUAAAACCUAUAUAUUUAUUUUAAGGAUUCAA